UUUUCUCACAUCACCUCGCUUCUCUUAUUUUCUCAUCUAAAUUGUGUGACUCUGGCAAUGAUUCACUCCAGAUAACUUGCUUAUGUAAAGAGGAAACAUUAAAUGUAUACCUGAUCUUGAAAUCAGGACGGUGAGAAUAAGACAGAAAGAGAAAAGAAAGAGGAAACGCAAAGUGGCCAAAUUAUUUUGUUUCUACAGGCCCAGUCACCUCAAGCCACUGGCUCCAUACUCCUGUGACUUCUUCUUCCUGUCGUUCCCCUCCAUUCCUCUCCAGAACCAAGAACCACUCACCUUUGUGACAUCACUUCUACUGCUAAGCAACAGACCUGGGGCUCUCUUCACCCCCAUGAGCCCUGGGAGAACGUUGGACCAAGGUGCUCCAAGAAGGAGGCUUUGCUGCAGAGGGAAGGAGAGGAGGAGGUGGAAGACAUGCUGCGGGUUGUCGUGGAGUCAGCCAAGAUUAGCCCACCCCUAAGCCCCCCACCCAGACCCUGCGUGUCCAUCUACUUCCAAGAUGUCAAGAGGAGAACUAGUGAAGUGGAAGGGAAUAACCCCACAUGGAAUGAGACGCUAAUCUGGCACCUCUGGGACUGCUCCUUGCCAAAUGACUCUUGUCUGCAAAUCAUCCUUCGGGACAUGGGCGCAAUAAAGAAAGAAAGGUUCAUUGGCCGGGCUACAGUACUGCUCCAGCCCUUGGUGCAAAAACCAAGCAACGUCCUUUUUGUGAAGGACCUGACCCUGCUUAACCAUGCCAUGAUGUCCACAGAUUGCACUGUCACUCUACAGGUGGCCCUUAUGAGAAACCAGGAUAUUGAGAAGAUAGGCGAUGGCGACCUUCUGGGCAUAAGUGCACGAGAAGUGGCUAUGCAGAAACUGAUGGUCCCCAGCUCCACCAUGUCCAAGCCUCUGUCUUCAAAGCCUCAGCACUUUCAGGUCCGAGUGAAGGUGUAUGAAGCCCGACAGCUCAUGGGCAACAACAUCAAGCCGGUGGUGAAGGUGGUCAUUGGAGGCUACCAGCACAAAACACGGAUCAAGAUGGGAAACAAUGCUUUCUUCAAUGAGAUCUUCUUCCAGAAUUUUCAUGAAGUGCCUGCAAAGUUCUUUGAUGAGACCAUCUUAAUCCAGGUGAUGAAUUCCACACUAAUGAGAUUCAACGCAGAGAUUGGGAGAUUCCAAACAGAUAUUGGUUUUAUCUACCGUUCUGCAGGUCACACACUCCUGAGGAAAUGGUUAGGCCUCUGCCAGCCAAAUGAACCCAGCAAUGGAGUGAGAGGCUACCUGAAAGUCACCAUUUGUGUCCUCAGUGUGGGAGACCAGGCUCCGGUAGAUCAAAAGCUGCCCUAUGGGACUGAUGACACCAGCACUCAGAUCUUCAAGUCGACGGUGGUCCCGGUCAACUUGGCCUACUUACAUUUCUUCAUCUACUGCGCGGAGGACCUUCAUCUCAAGAAACAGCACUUAGUGAGUCCUGUGUUGGAGGUGGAACUAAUUGGGGAAAAGCUCAAGACAAAUGUGCUGACCCAAACCGAGAACCCAAUAUGGAACCAGCUCCUGACCUUCCGGAUUCAGUUGCCCUGUCUCUCCAGCUACAUCAAGUUCAGAGUCUUGGACUGCCCCAAGAACAGGUGCCAGGAUGAGAUAGGGACUGUCAGUCUGUUCCUCAACCAAAUCUCAUCCACCGGAGCAGAAAUAGAAGGAAUGUAUUCUGGCUUCCUACCCUGUUUUGGCCCCAGCUUCCUGACUCUUCAUGGGGGUAAAAAGGCCCCUUUCAGGAUCCAGGAAGAAGACAUUAAUAUUCCCAAUGCUGUUAAGGAUGGCUUAGCUUAUCGAGGCCGGAUCUUCCUGGAGUUAUUCACCAACCUCAGUCCUCAUCAAGAUGUUAAGAAGGAUCUCUCCUCUGAAGUAACCAAUAUAGAGAAGCACCACAACCGCCAAAAGUAUGGGCUGUGCGUCAUCUUCCUUUCCUGUACCAUGAUGCCCAACUUUAAGGACCUGAUCCAAUUCGAGGUCAGCAUUGGCCACUAUGGGAACAAGACAGACCUGAGUUACAAGCCUCUCGUCUCAACCACACAGUACAGCCCAGUGAUAUAUGAUGGAAACAUCUACCAUUAUGUGCCCUGGUACAACACCAAGCCAGUGGUGGCCGUGACCUCCUACUGGGAGGACGUCAGCUCCCGCAUGAACUGCCUCAACCUCCUUCACUUCAUUCGGGACCGCCUGAAAGCCAAUCUGGACACCCUGAAGUCCAUACGGAAUCCGAAGGACCCCGCUCUGCUCCCCCAGUGGAAGAAGCUGCUGAGAGAACUGGUGGAGGACUGCAAGCACCCUCUGCCCUGCAUGACCCAUCAGCACAGAGCCACCGAGCUGGACAAGAAGAGGUGGCAGCUCCGCAGCCUCCUCCUGCAGGAACUGGCCCAAAAGGCCAAGGAAGCCAAGCCCAGGAACAUGGUGGCCACUGUGGAGAACUGGCUGUACCGCCUCAAUGCCAUGCUCCCUGAGCCCCAGGUGAGCCUCCCAGAUGUGAUGAUCUGGCUGAUGUCCAAGGGGCAGCGAGUGGCCUAUGCACAGGUGCCUGCCCAUAGCAUCCUGUUCUCCCCGACAGGGGUUCUGCACUCUGGCAGGUUCUGUGGGAAGACACAGACCCUCUUCUUGCAGUACCCAGAGGGUGAAGGACAGAAGGACACGCUCCCGGCCCACCUCCGGGUCUGCAUGUGGCUCGGCAAUAUCACAGACAGCAAGGAUCUGCAGCUGCUCCGCCAGGGCGAAGUUGUCGUGUACGCGGAGACGUACGAGAACCAGGCCAAGUAUAAAGAUCAGUGGGGACAGCAGGGGCUGUACCACUGCCCCAACUUCUCGGACGUCAUGGGGCACAAGGCCCUUCCCAAGGAGGAUUUCAAGGCACCCCACGGAUGGCACUGGAAGGGGCAGUGGACAGUGGAGCCUCAGAGGAGACUCCUCCUGGACAUACACAUCAACAAGAGCCAAGUGCUGGAGGAAGUAUAUGAGAACCAGUGUCGCGACACCACGGGGGCCUGGGUGCCAGCAACCAUCCGCAACACGGACAUGAAUGGAGAGCCCGUGGAGUCCCGGGAGAAUAUGAAGUGUCCCCAAGGCUGGCACAUUAAGGAGAACUGGGAUGUGGAGCUGAACCACGCAGUGGACAAUGAGGGCUGGGAGUACGGAGUGGGGAUCGAGCCGUUGGGCCUGCCCCAGGUCUGGAACUCGGUGGAGAAGACCUACUACACAUGCCGCCGGCGGCGCUGGGUGCGUUUGCGCUGCCGGAACCACGGGAAGCUGGGCCUGGAGCAGGAGACCCUAUCCUUCCUACAGCUGCACCACCCCAGCGCAGCCAAGGAGGAGGGGGGCUGGGAAUACGGCACCUUCGGCUCCAAGUUCCACCUGACUCCUCAGCCCCAGAGCCGGUUCCGCCGCCGCUGCUGGCACCGCAGGCUGGUCCCAAACAAGGACAAGGGCAUCGCACCCAUUUUCCUGCUGGAGGGAUCGUUGGUUAUGGAUAUGCAAGAGCAGGCUAAGAAGGAAGAGAACAGGAUGCUGUCACAGGGUCUGAACAAAUCAUUCAUGAGCUUCUGGAAGACUGCCCCACAGGACACUCACCCACUUGACCUACCCUUCAUCUACUGCGUCUUCAACAAGCCCCACUACUACCAGCUUUUCUGCUACAUCUACCAGGCCUGGAACCGAAUGUCCAACCAGAUCCAGACAUUCCAGGGGCCCUUCAUUCGGUUGGUCUUCUUGAACCAUAGCCAGUGCACCCAAACCCUGAGGGGCUCUGCAGCCCCCACGUGGGCCCAGACGCUCAUUUUCCAGCACCUCCUUCUGUAUGAGAACCCCCAGGACACCGAAACAAGUCCACCACUCGUGGUGUUGGAACUGUGGCAGCAGGACUCUCAGGGAAAGGAGAGCUUGUGGGGCCGGAGCAUGUGGUCUCCAGUGGUCUGGCUGGAUGCCCAAAAACGGAUCCUGCCCCCGCUGAGGUGGCACCCCCUUGUAAAAUUGCUAGGGGAGGAAGAGGGUGAGAUCUUGGCAUCCUGUGAGCUGAUCCUCGAGACUGAGAGUCUCAAAGAGAGGCCGCCCAUCUUAAGUGUUCCCUGGAAGAAUGGGGUCUACACACUCCCCAAGAGCAUCCAGCCCACACUAAAGAAAAUGGCUAUCGAGAUCCUGAUCUGGGGCCUUCGGAACAUGAAGCAGGUGCGCUCCCCCCAGCUCCUGGUAGAAUGCUGGGAAGAGUCCCUGCAGACACAGCCCAUCAAGGACUUCCAGACCAACCCCAACUUCGCCCAGUCAGUCCUCUUCCUCACAGUGUUCAUGCCUAUGGAGGAGGUCUACGCGCCACCCCUCACAUUGAAGGUGGUGGACAGUCAGGACUUCGGCCAGCAGACUGUGGUGGGUCAGGCCAACAUCAACUCCCUACAGCCCUACUUCUGCGACCCCUGGGCUGAGGACUACGUGCCUCCACAGCUUCCAAUGCUGUCUAUGAACAAGUACCAGAAGGUCCUAGAUUACCUCUAUGAAAAGUUCUGGUUCGAGUCCAGCAAAGCUGAGGACGAAUACGAGCAUGAAGUGGACUGGUGGAACAAGCUGUUCUGGGCCACAGGAGAUGUCAAGUCCUUGCAGUACAAGCACAAAGACUACCACACCCUGAAGGUGUAUGACUGCGAGCUGGAGGCUGUGCCCGCCUUUGAAGGCCUGCAGGACUUCUGCCAGACCUUUAAACUCUACCAGGAAGAGCCCAAGUUGGACAGCCCUGUGGUAGGGGAGUUCAAGGGCCUUUUCCGCGUCUACCCCUUUCCUGAGGAUCCAGAAGCCCCCAAGCCCCCCCGUCAGUUCACAGUUUGGCGUGAGAAAGAGGACUUCCCUCAGGAGUGCUUGGUGCGAGUGUACAUAGUCCGAGCAAUCAACCUGCAGCCCCAAGAUGCCAACGGCCUGUGUGACCCUUAUGUGAUCCUGAAACUGGGACAGACAAAGAUUGGCAACCGGCACAAGUACCAGCCCAACACUGUGGAUCCCAUCUUUGGCAUGAUGUUUGAACUCAGCUGUACCAUCCCCCUGGAGAAAGACCUGGAGAUCCAGCUAUAUGACUUUGACCUGUUUUCACCUGAUGAUAAGAUUGGAACCACAGUCAUUGACCUUGAAAACCGACUCUUGUCUGGCUUUGGAGCCCGUUGUGGGCUCUCCAAAUCCUACUGCCAGUCAGGGCCCUUUAGGUGGCGGGAUCAAAUGCACCCAAGCUUCCUCUUGGAACGCCAUGCCAAACAGAAAGGGCUGCCUCCGCCUCUGUUCAAUCCUGAGGAGGACUCUGUUUUUUACAAUGGGAAACAAUUCAGACUGCAAAGCUUUGAGCCCAAGCCCCCUACUGUUCAUUAUUUGGGACCUAAGAAAGAACGCCUUGCACUGUACCUCCUGCACACCCAGGGGCUGGUCCCUGAGCAUGUGGAGACCCGCACACUAUACAGCGACAGCCAGCCAGGCAUCGACCAGGGAAAGGUGCAAAUGUGGGUGGACAUCUUUCCCAAGAAGCUUGGGCCUCCUGGCCCCCCAGUCAACAUCAAGCCCAGAAAGCCUAAGAGGUAUGAGCUGCGCUGCAUCAUUUGGAAAACUGCCCAAAUGGACCUGGGGAAAAGUCUAUCUGGCGAGAUAAGCGACAUCUAUGUCAAAGGGUGGCUAUUCGGGCUAGAGAAGGACAUGCAGAAGACAGAUAUCCACUACUACUCCCUCACUGGGAAGAGCGACUUCAACUGGCGGUUCAUCUUCACCAUGGACUACCUGGCAGCUGAGCAUAUGUGUGUCCAGAGCCAGAAGGACUACAUAUGGAGCCUGGACCCCACAGUGAUGAAGUUCCCAGCCCGGCUCAUCAUCCAGAUCUGGGACAACGACAUCUUCUCCACUGAUGACUUCCUAGGGGUCCUGGAGCUGGAUUUAUCUGACAUGCCUCUACCAGCCCGGCACGCCAAUAUGUGCUCCAUCAGGAUGAUGGAUACAGAUUCCAAGUGGCCUUACUUCCUCCAGUAUAAGCACGUCUCCCUCUUCAAGAAGAAGACUGUAACAGGCUGGUGGCCUUGCCAGGUCCUCGAUGGUGGCAAAUGGCGCUUGUCGGGUAAAGUGAAGAUGACGCUGGAGAUUCUGUCAGAGAAGGAAGCCCUAAUCAAGCCAGCAGGGCGAGGCCACUCAGAACCCAACCAGUACCCUACACUUCAUCCUCCCCUACGACCCAACACCUCGUUCUUGUUUCGGAUACCUGUUACAACCUUGUGUCACGUUUUCUGGAAACGCUACCACUUUAAAAUCAUAGCCGCUGCAAUUAUAUUUAUUAUAGCACUUCUGCUGUUCAACUUUAUCUAUUCAGCCCCGCAUUACUUGGCCAUGAACUGGAUCAAACCUGGACUUCGGCUGAGUGCUCCCCUUAAAAUAUAUAGCAAUGUCAUCAAUCCACCAAACACCCGCAUUGCCAACCCUUCUGUCCUCACGGGCCAGCAUCUGAACCUAAAUCCUGCAACAGACCAUGAGCUGAAAUUCCUCCAGGGACCUAUGAAUCACCUGCAAGACAUUUUUCCAGAACUUCCAGCCCUGCAAGACUAAUUGGCCCAGGUCUGCUUGGUUUUUCUCCUGCCCAUCACCAGCCUUACCCUUGGGCUUCCUACCAAUCCCUCAUUUCUAUCUUCUAGGACAUAUGCAAGGGGCUAAGGAUAUUCUAGCCAUUCUGUUCAGAAACCACUUCCAACAAGGACAGAGUUGUCAUUUUCCCACUGAAGUAAACAAGUUUUGUCACAGAGA